UCUACGAGGCAACAACAGCUCAAAAACUCGGUCUCGGUUUGGGUUUCAGUUUUGAGAUUCGGUUUCGGACUCGGAUUCGCUUGGAGGCGGCCAAAGGCAGCACAGAUCGGUGCAACAUAACGACUCCGCGUUGCGUGACAAAAGACUUGGCGAAUCUCCGCAUUUUAAGUGCCGCCGCUCGCUCUUCAAGUCUUCGAGUGUUUGUGAGUGAGCGUGUGUGGGAAAUUGGCCAAACAACAAUAGAAAUCCGCAACAAAAGACAUCCAAAGCGGUUUUAAUUGUGCACAAACAACCGGGGCCUGAAGUUCGUGGAAAAAUCGGCAACUAAAUCGGUAACAAAUUGAUUGAAACUCAAUCUGGAAACUCGAUCGAACGAGAAAUACGAAUCGGAGGAAAAUUAACAAGAAACAAACGUUCAAGACCCAGCUCGGUUCAGGAUGUCGUCGAGCUUACGCAAAACCUCCUUGGCGCUGAUGAGGCGCUCCACUUCCAGCACCACCACCAGCACCACCUUGCCACAUCCUGCGGCCGUGUCGCCACCACAGCCGCCCAGCAGCGGUGUGGGCCUGGCGACGGAAAUUGAAAAAUCAAUUGCAAUGCAGCGACUGCGACAAGGAGAGGCGGCGAAUCUCAAGAAAUUAAAUGUCAGCCACCAGGCCCUGGCAGCAGCAACCACUCAUGCAAAAGCCACCACAGUAGUGGCUGCUACAGCCACUUCCUCGACUGCGGCUGCCGUCGUCCGUCCCUACUCAGAGGUGCCGGGUCCAUAUCCUCUGCCGCUGAUUGGCAACUCCUGGCGCUUUGCUCCCCUAAUUGGAACCUACAAAAUUAGCGACCUGGACAAGGUUAUGAACCAGCUGCAUGUCGACUACGGAAAGAUGGCCAAAGUUGGCGGUCUGAUUGGUCAUCCGGAUCUGUUGUUCGUCUUCGAUGGCGAUGAGAUUCGGAAUAUAUUCAAGAAGGAGGAGGCGAUGCCGCAUCGGCCGUCGAUGCCCUCACUGCGCCAUUACAAGGGCGACCUGCGACGCGAUUUCUUUGGUGAUGUGGCCGGCCUAAUUGGCGUGCACGGACCCAAGUGGGAGGCCUUCAGGCAGGAGGUGCAGCACAUCCUGCUGCAGCCGCAGACGGCCAAGAAAUACAUACCGCCGCUGAAUGACAUUGCCAGCGAGUUUAUGGGCCGGAUUGAGGCGAUGCGCGACGAAAAGGACGAGUUGCCAGCCAAUUUCCUGCACGAGCUGUACAAAUGGGCCUUGGAAUCUGUGGGACGCGUUUCCCUGGACACGAGACUGGGCUGCCUGUCGCCCGAGGGCAGUGCGGAGGCCCAGCAGAUUAUCGAGGCCAUCAACACGUUUUUCUGGGCUGUUCCAGAACUGGAGCUUCGGAUGCCCCUGUGGCGUCUAUAUCCCACGAAGGCCUAUCGCAGCUUUGUCAAGGCCUUGGACCAGUUCACAGCAAUCUGCAUGAAGAACAUUGGCAAGACCAUGGACAAGGCCGAUGCUGAUGAGGCCCAAGGACUGCCCAAAUCGGAGGCCGACAUCUCCAUUGUGGAGAGGAUUGUGCGAAAGACGGGCAAUCGCAAGUUGGCUGCUAUCCUGGCCCUGGAUCUGUUCUUAGUUGGUGUGGAUACAACAUCAGUGGCAGCCUCUUCCACUAUUUAUCAGCUGGCCAAGAAUCCGGAUAAGCAGCAGCGUCUCUUCGAGGAGCUGCAAAGGGUGUUUCCCCGCCGCGAGGCCGAGAUCAACCAGAAUGUCCUGGAGCAGAUGCCCUAUCUGCGAGCCUGUGUGAAGGAGACUCUGCGAAUGCGACCCGUGGUGAUUGCCAAUGGAAGGAGCCUCCAGUCGGAUGCUGUCAUCAACGGCUACCACGUACCCAAGGGCACGCACGUCAUCUUCCCUCAUUUGGUGGUGUCAAACGAUCCCGCAUAUUUCCCAGAACCCAAGCGCUUUCUACCCGAGCGAUGGCUGAAGCAGUCCACUACAGCGGCCAUGGCAGAUGCCGGUGGCUGCCCCCAUGCCAGCCAGAAGAUUCACCCGUUCGUGAGCUUGCCCUUUGGCUUUGGACGUCGCAUGUGCGUGGGUCGUCGCUUCGCCGAAAUUGAGUUGCACACGCUUCUGGCCAAGGUAGGAACUUGCAGCCACCUCUACUCUUGGCUCAACCCUUCUAAUUUGCCACGUUUAAUUCCGGGAAACAGAUCUUCCGCAAAUACAAGGUCUCGUACAACUCGGGAGAGUUUGUGUACCGUGUGAACUCUACGUACAUUCCGCAGUCGCCGUUGAAUUUCAAGCUUACGCUGAGGGACGAGUAGUGCAAAGGGACACGGGAGCAUGGGUACUGGGAGCUCUGCUCUGCUGGUUUCUAAGCUGCAGCCAGACACACGGCGGAUGUGUGAUAUUUAUAGUCAAAGCCCAGCUGCUGCUGCUGCUGCGAUGUUUCUUUUUAAUUAAGCAAAUGUACAUAAUAACGCAGUGCGGACAGUUUCAGGGCAACGCACAUCCAUGGACAGAUAUUUAUGUGGGUGCGUGUUGCUGAAUAAACGUCGUGUAUUUAUGUGGAUACAUGUGUAUAUAGAACCCAUUAUAUUCUCCCUCCAUAUUUCUAGUUCUAGUGUUUUUGUCGUUUUUGUCGAGGAAUAAUUGUACCUAAUAAAGCGUCGAAAAGUAUGCAAUAAAACGCGUUGUUUCUGUUUGCUUUUCUUGUCUCGGACGGUCGACGGUAUGUAUGGUAUUAUCAUUAAUCAAAAUGCGAGUGGGCUUAGCUAGUCUAGGGCACAAAGUGUGAUGGCUAAGGUCAAGCAAACGCCAAUCUAUGCGCAUGAUUAAUUGCUUUCAAAUUAAGGCUCUAUCAUUAGUUUUAUUGGUUCAGAGACCGAGGGAGAGAGGUCUAGUUGGGUUAAACGCACAACUGAUUUUCCUUUGGGAGGUAAUUUUAAGCACGUUUCACUUAGCCUCUCAAAGGGAACCUUAAAGAUGAGGCACAUCACAUUUUAUUUAUAGAAAACAUAUAUCCAAUUACGCGUUCAAUUAGAAUGCCAAGAAGUCACGUAGGGAGAAGACCCAUUAGUAGGGAGAGCUUUAAAUAAAUUUUCAAAGGAAGGUCAAACGUGAUAAGGCAAGCCAGCCUGGUCCAAGCUUUCAGCUUAAUAUGGUUAAAAGGACUUGUAACCUAAACAAAAUUUCCACUUUUAAGAUCUAUUAAUAAUAGAAUUUCAAGUUUUAUUUUGUCUGUUUUC